AUGGAAUCUUUUGUUUUCACCCCCAAAGGAUCACUUCUUAUUUCCCAGUCUAGAAGCAGGGAGGAUUUGGCUCAUAAACUACAAAAGCAUGGACCCAUGACUCUCAAGUCUUUUGCUGAAAAUGAUAUCUUUCAAUUGGUGGAACUGUUGAUAGCAGAAAAAAAAUGGUUGGAGGAGAGCCCCUCACAAGCAUUUCCUUUUAGGCUAACUCAAUCAGUUUGGAAAAGCACGCGGAUGGGCCAAUGCAGCUUAAACCAUAGUACUGAUUAA